GGAAGCAAUGAGCCAAGAUAUUGCUUGUAUUUCUUUGGAAGCUGGGCGUUUUUGUACAUCGCCGCUUCCUCUCUAACGCUUAGAUGUUUGUGCCUAAGAAUGUAGAUCAAUAGUCAGGCCGAAGCAGAAUGGAAAACGUGAACUAAAUUAGGCCUGACUGAGCCCUGAAGAAGUAACAGUAAGAGUGACAGCAAUGCGUAAGUGGCUCCUGGAUUUGUGCUAAGUAUGGGCUGUGUGGAAAUCAAAGCAUCAGAGCAUAAUAAAAAUCCCUGAUAGAUAGCAUGGCUUGGCAUCCAAACACACAGCACAGCGACGAAGAAGAUACAGCGAGAGCCAGGGCAGGUGCAUAUAUUAUCACGAGCUGACCUGGGAUAAGUUGACUUCAUUUUGCCUUACCCUCAUUCUCAUCUCUGUCGCCUGUGCAUAAAGCAAGUGCCUUUAAGGGAACCUUAAAAUAACAGCUCUGCCUGGGAGAUCUGAUGAAUGUAACAGGUGCAGAGAUUAUUUCCAGGCCAUGUGUGUGCGUCUGUGUGUAACAGCAAGAGGGGGAGAGAGAAAGCAGAAAGGGGGAGAGCACGCUGAUGUCCCUGCUGCGUUUCUCUCUAGCCUGUGAAACUUACAGCAGAUUGCUUUUCAGCGACCUAAAUUCUAAAGAAAAGGACAAGGAAGAUCGGAGAAGAGAAGAAGAAAAGGCUGUCAAGCAAAAGGGCUAUUUAAAUCGAUUCUCGUAGCUGAAGGAAGAAGCCUCGCUAUCCAAAUGAUGUGGCCUAAUUUUUUCAUGCAAGAGGAGGAUCAACGCUUCUCUGGAAGAGGUAGAGGACAGCGUGGAAAAGGUUUGUCUGAUGCACAAGAGGGCAAAAUCAAGCUGGCCUUUUUUGUGUCCCUGGUAGGGGUGACACUUUGUGUGCUAGCCGUCGGGACAGAAUUCUGGGUGGAGGUGAACACGUAUAAACAGAACAACAGCAUGACCUGCGAGGCAGCCCAUUUCGGGCUAUGGAAAUUCUGCUACAAAAAACUGUGGAUUGGAGAUGUGGAUGCAUACCGAGCCACCUGUGGCCCCGCGGAGCUGCCUGGAGUGGCACAGACUCAUGUCUGGGUGGGCUUCGAGGGAUGCGCAAUAAAUGCCAAAAGGUUGUAUGGAACCCGGAUCCACAGGUCGAGCACCAGAGCCAUACAGAAACAGGAUAUUUGUACACUCCAAACUAAUUCGAAUUGCUCAUAUUUCAAGUUCUUUACUACUGGAGAAAAUGCGUAUAUAUUUCAACGUGUUACACACAAAGAUAUGAAUAUCACAGCAGCUGUUCUCUCUCUGUUGAGCAUAACUCUGAUGGUAAUGGGAUCAAUCUGCAUAACAAUGGUUUUAAGCAAAGGUGUGGAAUUCCUCCUUAAGCCUGCAUCAUUCUUCUUCAUUCUUUCUGGUGUGUUUGUCAUGAUCACCAUGAUAGUAUUUCGUCAGGCAGUCAUUUGGCUCAUGGCAAGUAAUCAGAACGUACAUCUAGAAUAUGAAUACUCAUGGUCUUUAGCAUGUGCAGCUGCAGCAGGAGUCAUCUUGGUAUUUGGAGGAAUAUGUUGCUUGUUUUUGGUAUUGCCACCUCUGUCCAAGAAACCUUGGGAAUACUGCAUGAAGAAGGGAAGUAGUUCUUAAAAGAAUGCAGACCGUUGGCACUUAAUUUUCUAGCCAAUCAGCUGGAGACCGAUCAAACAUGGCCGGGCUCUCAACACUGAAGUCCUUUGCAAAAUGAGGACAAUUUGUUUACGUCAUUGUCAUUUUAUGCACCUGAUCCAGAUUUACAGUCAGUAUUCAGACUUUACAAGUUGUGGCGAUUCUUGCAAAGGAAUAAGCUUUGAUAUAUGGACAACCUAUUUAUAUCCUAUUUUGGACCGGAUGUUUUUUCCCUUUUGUAAAUAAGCUUUGUAGCAUCCAGAACUCUGUUAAUGUAUUUUUCUGGGGUUGGGGAGGGCCACUGUAUAGAAAAAAAAUGUUAUCUUGGUGUUAUAUUAUAUUGUCUUAUUAAAGGUUAUUUUUAUUCUGGUGA